AUGGUACCAAGCAGGUCCACGGAAGCAGAAAGAAAUCACACCUCCAUGGCCAAAUUUGUUCCCCUAGGACACUCAGAUGAAAAAGAGUUGCAGCUUAUUUUCUUCCCAAUUUUCCCAGGAAUCUACCUUAUGGCCCUAAUUUGGAACCUGGGUCUCAUCAUCCUAAUCAGGAUGGACUCCCACCUGCACACACCUAUGUACUUUUUUCUCAGUUUCCUGUCAUUUGUAGACAUCUGCUAUUCUUCUCCCACCAGCCCAAAGCUGCUUUCAGACUUCUUAAAAGAUGAAAAAAUGAUUUCCUUCAUUGCUUGUGCCACCCAGUACUUUCUUGGGUCCUGGAUGUUUCAGGCUGAGUGCUGCCUCUGGGCUGCCGUGGCCUAUGACAGAUAUGUCGCUGUUGGUAGGCCUCUGCAGUACUCAGCCGUCAUGGAGAUUGGCGUCUGUCAGAAGAUGGUUGCUGGGGCCUGUGGGAGUGGUUUCCUUAGCAGCUUAGCUCAGACAGUCCCUUGCUUUCAUCUCUACUGCUGUGGGCCAAGUACCAUUCAGCAUACCUUCUGUGACAGAACCCAUUUCAUUUCCUUGUCUUACUCCAAUCCCUUCAUCACAAUGAUUCUUUUUCCGGGAGCUAUUUUUGUUGGGUUUGGUUCUUUCCUUGUUAUCCUCUUAUUUUAUGGUUUCAUUGCAGCUUCCAUCCCGAAACUAUCCUCCAUCAAAUGUAGUUCCAAGGCCUUCAAUGCCUGUGCCUCCCACCUGGGAGUUGUGACAAUCUUGUAUGGCACAGGCCUCUCUGUGUACCUGCAUAUUAGCUCUAGCCACUCCAAGAAGUAG